CACCUCCGCCCGAAGCCGCCAGUCGGACUACGAACGGCGGCGGCGCCUCGGCUCCCCUGAUCUCCCUCACCGGAAUGGACGGCCAGGCUCCGCCGCUUCUCGACGCCGUCGUGCUCGAGCCCCUUGCAGUUGGCGACGAGCUCCAUCCGCGGCGUCCUGUCGAGGUGGAGGACGCUCCGGCCGCCGCUCCGCCCUCCGGUAUGGACGGCCAGGUUCCACCUCUCUACAACGUCACGCGGGAUCCUCUGACCGUAUCCGACGAGCUGCAGCCCACGGGCGAGGUGGUGGAUGACGCCCUACUCGUCGCGCCCGAUAUCGUCAAGGGCGAGGUGAUGGAGGACGACAUCCUACCCGUCGCAACCGACAUCAUCAACGACGCCGCCUCGGAGUGCCCCGAGGCUGGCAGUGAUGGCGUCGUGCUCACCGACGAGCUCCGCAAUCGCAUCGUCAAGCAGGUGGAGUACUAUUUCAGCGAUGAGAACCUUCCUACGGACGAGUUCCUGCUGAAUUAUGUGAAGAAGAACAAUAAGGGCUUUGUUCCUAUUGAGAUCAUCGCAUCAUUUAGGAGAAUGAAGAAACUCGUUCAAGACCUCUCAGUAAUUGAAGCUGCACUCAGGACAUCAUCAAAGCUGGUUGUAAGUUCAAAUGGGAAACGGGUCAGGAGGUUACAUCCAUUGCCACACAAAGAAUUGAAAGAUUCAAAGAAAAGCACUGUUUUGGUCGAAAAUCUACCUCCAGAUUUCUCAAUGGAGAGUAUUCAGGAAAAAUUCGCAACAGUGGGCAAAGUUGUGAACAUAACAAUUAAUGAUCCAGAAUCAGUGAAAGAAUUUUCAACUGCUAAGAAGCCUGACUUCAAUUUAAGUUUUAAGGCUCAUGUACUUGUUGAAUAUGAAGCAGUGGAGGCUGCUGAGAAGGCUGUUACUGCCCUAAGUGAUGAGAGCAACUGGAGAACUGGGAUGAAAGUCAGGCUUCUGUCUAAACAAAGUGUAAUGGGACCAGGAAAGUAUAAAAAACCUUCUAAAGAAAAUCAAGAUGCAGUUUCCAAAAUGAUUGAUCAGAAUCAACAUUCAAAAGAAGACCAGCUUAAAACCUUGGAAAAGAUCUCCGGUGCUGAUGCAGUGGGGAUUACCAAGGACAGAGAUAAUUUGAAACCUGUUUUUAUCACUGAGACUGAGCACCAAGAUCAGAAGCCAAAUGCUAGAGGACGAAAAGGAUGGUACAAAGGUCAAGGUCAGAUGCAGCAAAAUGCAAACAAACAAGGCAGUUGUGGUUCCGAGUCAUUAAACAAGCCUAUUUCUGGACCGAGGAUGCCAGAUGGAACAAGGGGCUUCACACUGGGACGUGGUAGAUCUCUUCCACUACAGAAGUCUGAGAAGGCUGAAGAGUAGAGCUACCAAAAAAGGCCUGUUAAGAACCUUAUCCAAAGAAGCUGGAAGAAAGGGAAUCUUGGAAUGGCUUUCUCUCUGCAAGAAAUGGAACACAAAAGGGAAUCUGGGAAUGACUUGUACAGAAACACAAUUGUCUGGGGGUAGUUCCGAGUUCACUCGUAUGGAACACAGUAGAACCUUUGCAUGUUUCCUGACUUGCAUUGUGUCAUAUACUCGUAUCAUGCUGCAUGCAGCAUUGCAG